AUGAGUAAGAAAAAGGAAGAAAAAGAGCAAAUGAAUUUGUUACCUAGUGAUGAAAUUAAUUUCAUUGAUGGAGAGGAUGAGGAUGAUGCUAUGGAAGUUAACAAUCGGGGAAAAAGGGUAGCUAGUGUAGGAAUUGCAUUCAAUGCUGUUAAGUAUGAUAGCUUUGCUGAGGUUGUUGAAGCAAUUGGACAAUAUGGUCCUGGCAUGAAACCACCUAGUUAUCAUGAGGAUGGUGCAAAGAUGUUUGACUUCCUUAAUAAAUUUGUGAACCGCAUUGGAAUAGCAAAUGUCGUCCAAGUCGUCACAGAUAGUGAAUCAAACAAUAAGUAUGCCGGGAGGAUGUUAGAGAAAGAACACCCACAUUUGUAUUGGACACCAUGUGCUGCUCAUUGCUUAGACUUGAUGUUGGAAGACAUUGGGAAAUUACCGUCCAUCUUUAGAACAAUGCAGAGGGCAGUGGAGUUGAAUAGUUACAUUUAUAUGCGUCCAAAGUUGUUAAACAUUAUGAGGAACUUUACUCAUAAAAAGGAGUUGCUUAGGCCCGCUAAGACUCGAUUUGCUACAUGUUUCAUCACAUUAUCAAGUAUUCACAAGCAAAAGAAUAACUUGAGAAAGAUGUUUACUUCAGAAGAAUGGAAUCGUAGUAAAUGGGCGAAAGAGGAAGCCGGUAAAAGAGUUGCUUCUUAUGUUUUGAUGCCUUCCUUUUGGAACAACAUUGUCUUUAGCCUUAAGGUUUCCGGUCCUCUUAUUCCGGUUUUGAGAUUAGCUGAUGGUUAUUAUUUGAACCCAGAAUACUUUUAUUCAAAUCAAAAAAUUGAAGAAGAUGAAGAGAUUGCAAAGGGUUUGUAUGCAUGCAUUGCAAGGUUAGUCCUGGAUGAUAAAGAUCAAGACAAAAUUACUGAGGAACUGUCCUUAUAUUCUAAAGCUGAGCGCCUCUUUGGUAAUCGCUUUGCUAUUAGACAGAGAAGUACACGAGCACCAGCUAAUUGGUGGGAAGCUUAUGGCAAGUCAACAAAACUUCUCCAAAAGUUUGCUAUAAAGCUUCAUAACAAGAAAAGAAAUAGGCUCGCUCAAACAACGUUGAAUGAUUUAGUGUUCAUCAAAUAUAAUAGAGCAUUGAGGCAUCGAUAUAAUAUGCGUGACACUCUUGAUCCCAUUUUACUCGAUGACAUUAAUGAGAGCAACGAGUGGUUGACGGGGAGGAUGGAUGAUUCUGAUGCAGAAUAUGAUCUAGUCUAUGAAGAUGAUUCCUUGACAUGGGGUGAUGUUGCUAAUUUUACUGGUAUUGGAGAGGCUAGCAGGCCGCAACGGUCUACUAGAUCAAAAUCUAGUUCUAGUUCACGGUUACCAACAAAGGGAGUAAGAAGUUCUUCAGUUCAACUUGUGGAUGAGGAUGAGGAUGAUUCAGAUGAGAUAGAAGAGGAUCCUAAGAAUUAUGAAUCAUUUAGUGACGAUCAAAAUGAUGUUAUGCUUAUUAAUGACAAGGAUGAUAUUUAG